CCCCCCACCUCCUCCCCCCACACCCAUCUCUUCCCCCCACCUCCUCCGCCCCCCGCGCCCUGCUGGAUGUGUGGGCCGUGAGAGGCGACGAGGAGGAGCCCCUCGACUUCUGCGACGAGGAGGGCGACUUCCUCGUGCCAGCAGCAGCAGCCAUGGGCUGCCGCCAGAGCGCCGAGGAGAAGGAGGCCGCUCGUCGCUCGCGCCGCAUCGACCGCCACCUCCGCUCGGAGAGCCAGCGGCAGCGGCGGGAGAUCAAGCUGCUCCUGCUGGGCACCAGCAACUCGGGCAAGAGCACCAUCGUGAAGCAGAUGAAGAUCAUCCACAGCGGGGGCUUCAACCUGGACGCGUGUCGCGAGUACCGCCCGCUCAUCGUCUACAACGCCAUCGACUCGCUCACGCGCAUCAUCCGUGCCGUCGGCGUGCUCAAGAUCGACUUCGGCAACCAGGAGCGUGCCUACGAUGCGGUGCAGCUCUUCGCCCUGACCGGCCCGGCGGAGAGCAAGGGCGAGAUCAGCCCCGAGCUCCUCGCCAUCAUGAGGCGCCUUUGGUGCGACCCGGGUGUGCAGCUUUGCUUCGGACGCUCCAGCGAGUACCACCUGGAGGACAACGCGGCCUACUACCUCGGCGACCUGGAGCGCAUCGCCGCGCCGGGCUACGUGCCGACGGUGGAGGACAUCCUGCGGUCGCGCGACAUGACCACGGGCAUUGUGGAGAACCGCUUCACCUUCAAGGAGCUCACCUUCAAGAUGGUGGACGUGGGCGGACAGCGGUCCGAGCGUAAGAAGUGGAUCCAUUGCUUCGAGGGCGUCACGGCCAUCAUCUUCUGCGUGGAGCUGAGCGGCUACGACCUGAAGCUGUACGAGGAUAACCUGACGAGCCGCAUGGCGGAGAGCCUCCGCCUCUUCGACUCGAUCUGCAACAACAACUGGUUCGUGAGCACGUCGCUCAUCCUCUUCCUCAACAAGAAGGACCUGCUGGCCGAGAAGAUCCGCCGCGUGGCCCUCUCGGUCUGCUUCCCCGACUACCCGGGCCAGGACACGUACGAGGAGGCCGCCGUGUACAUCCAGCGGCAGUUCGAGGACCUGAACCGCAACAAGGAGGCGAAGGAGAUCUACUCGCACUUCACGUGCGCCACGGACACCAGCAACAUCCAGUUCGUGUUCGACGCCGUCACCGACGUCAUCAUCCAGAACAACCUCAAGUACAUCGGCCUCUGCUGAUCUUUCCACCCGCUUGGAGCGAGCAGCGCCGCCUCGCCUCGCCCCGCCCCGCCUCGCCUCGCCCCGCCCUCGCCCGACGGCUUUGCUUGUUUUUAUUUUUUUUUUCGUUUUGUUCUUGCCGGGGUUGGGUGGGGGGUGCGGUCGUUGGUCUCGGUCGAGUUUCGGUCGAUUCGGGCCGGGCCAGGGUGUCGGUCGGGGGUUGAGUUGGGCGACGGGGUCGGUCCGGUCGAUCGGUCCGUCGAUCCGUCGGUCGGUCGAUCAGUCCGUCGAUCCGUCGUUCGGUCGAUCGGUCGAUCAGUCCGUCGAUCCGUCGGUCGGUCGAUCGGUCGAUCGGUCCGUCGAUCCGUCGGUCGACAUCGGUUGGAUUUGGUUGCUCGGUCGGUCGACAGAUCCGGUGGGGUUUGGUCGGUCGGUCAAUCGAUGGGGUUGGGUUGGGUUGGUUAGGUGUGGUUGGAUCGGUGGGGUUGGUCGGUGCCGGGUGUGUGUGGUGUG